AUGGGUGGAAGGGUAGUCCAAACCUCGAAAAAAUUAUGCUCUCUGGUUCUUGUCUCAAACGAUUUAUCCACACGGAUUAAAGCACAAGCAAUCGUCCUCCCACAGCUAACCAAAUUGCUACCCAAGUUCCAACCCACUCAAGAACAACGGGAAAAAUGGUCUCAUCUCACCUUAGCAGACGCCAAUUGCCACUCCCCAUCCCAAAUAGACUUAGUCAUUGGCAGCGACCUGAUCCCACAAAUUGUGCUAGAAGGGGUUGAAAAACUCUCCAAAAACUUAUUAGCACAAAACACCAUAUUUGGGUGGAUCCUUAGUGGUCAAGUCCCCAAUCAAAUAAGCUCGUUUUCGACCCAAGUAGACGAAGUCUCAAAUGAGAAUCUCGAUUCCCAACUUCGAAAAUUUUGGGAACUGGAAGAAAUCCCCACUCCCAAAUCUCUCAACUCUGAGGACCGAGUGUGUGAAGACUUUUAUAUAUCCACCACAUCACGCACAUCUGAUGAUCGUUACGAAGUGCGACUCCCAUUUAAGCACAGUUUCCCAGACCAACUCACCUUAGGUCGAUCCCGUGCCCCAGCUCUCCAGCAAUUCCUCAGUAUGGAGAAAAAUCUUCUCAAAAAAGGCGAGCUAAAAUCCCAGUACGACCAAGUCCUCGAGGAAUAUAUAACACUAGGUCAUAUGGAAGAAACAACUUCCUAUGAGAAAUCCUCAGGAAACAAAUACUCGUCAUUUUAUUUACCCCACCACGCGGUUGUAAAACCUGAAAAAAGAACGACAAAGGUGCGUGUUGUCUUUAAUGCAUCGAAAAAAUCAACUUCCGGUAACUCGUUAAACGAUGUCCUCUACACCGGGCCAACCCUCCAACCCGAUUUGAUGCUAUUAAUCCUCAAAUGGCGCACGUACCAAUUUGUCUUUAAUGGCGAUGUAGAAAAAAUGUACCGCCAAAUACUAUUACACGAUGAGGACCAAGAUUACCAGAGAAUCAUAUUUCGCUCCUCCCCAAAAGGUCCAAUUCAAGAUUUCAAACUAAAAACCGUCACGUUUGGUCUCAACUGCGCCCCUUAUCUCGCAAUACGCACCCAUCACGAACUCUCUAAAGAUAUAAAAGACACACUCCCGAUGGCGUCCCCAAUACUAAUGAGCGAAACAUAUGUAGACGACAUACUUUCGGGUGGGCACUCUAUCCUCUCAGCCUCUGAAUCCCUUUCUCAAGUCAGACAAGCUCUUCUGUCGGCAGGCUUCCCCCUCAAGAAAAUUACGGCCAACCAUCCUGAUAUCCUCAAAACCGUUCCCACCGCCGACGUGCUCGAUUCACAGUUUCUCGAAUUCGAAAAGGCAAGUACGACGAAAACGCUCGGGAUUCAAUGGAAUGCCAUAAAAGAUGCAUUCUCAUAUACCGUUGAGUCCAUCCCAGUAACCACAGCGAGCACGAAGCGACAAAUCCUCUCCUCUGUCGCCAAACUUUUCGACCCCGCAGGAUGGCUAGCGCCGAUAAUGAUUCAAGCCAAAAUUCUCUUGCAGGAGCUAUGGCUUGAUGGAACCGACUGGGAUGAACAGGUAAAACCCAUCCGUCUCGUCAAGUGGACGCAGUUCGCGAACAACUUAAAAGCCAUAACAGCAAUCCAAAUUCCUCGUUGGGUGAACUAUUCUCCAGGCCAACCUGUUGAGCUGCAUGGUUUUUGCGACGCGUCUGAGAAGGCAUAUUGCGCCAAUAUUUACGUCAGAGCGAUACGAGAAGAAAACAUAACGUGUCACCUCCUAGUCUCUAAAGGCAAAGUGGCGCCCCUAAAAGCCACCAGCUUACCACGUCUCGAACUAUGUGGAGCCCUUCUUCUAGCCAAACUAGUGUCGGUCGUCCAAUCUCAGCUCAAUCUCCACCCGCAAGCUUUGAUUUUGUGGUCUGACUCCGAAAUUGUGCUCUCAUGGUUGGAAAUAAUCGAUCUGGUCGGAAAUGCCACCUGGCGGCAUGUACGAACUCACGAUAAUCCCGCCGACAUGGGUACAAGAGGAUGUAAACCUCUCGACUUGGCAGCCUCCUCACUGUGGUGGAAGGGUCCGGAAUGGCUCACCAGCCCCGCGGAAUCUUGGCCGAAAGCUUCACGACGCACAAUCAACAAUCCACCCGAAGUACGCCGAAUUGAAGCGUUACACACCACCGAAGAAGAACCCGACAUUCUGGAUCGUUUCUCCUCCUUCCCACGCGCACUCCGG